AUGACAUCUGUCCCCCUCCCAGGUGACCGGCUCCUGCAGGUGGACGGAGUGAGUCUGUGUGGCCUCACCCACAAGCAGGCUGUGCAGUGCCUCAAGGGUUCUGGGCAGGUUGCAAGACUGGUCUUAGAGAGAAGAGGCCCCAGGACCACACAGCAGUGUCCUUCUGUUAAUGGCAGGAUGGCAGACGGAUGCACGGCUGUUUCCUUGGCAACAGCCUUGCCCGGCAGGCCUGCGAGCUGUGUCUCAGCGACAGAUGGUCCUAAGUUUGAAGUCACUCUGAAAAAGAAUGCCAGUGGCUUGGGAUUCAGCUUCAUGCAGAUGGAGAGAGAGAGCUGCAGCCAUCUCAAGAAUGAUCUGGUGAGAAUUAAGAGGCUUUUCCCAGGGCAGCCGGCUGAGGAGAACGGGGCCAUUGCAGUUGGUGACAUUAUCCUGGCCGUGAAUGGAAGGCCCACAGAAGGCCUCGUCUUCCAGGAGGUGCUCCAUUUACUGCGAGGGGCAUCACAGGAAGUCACGCUCCUACUUUGCCGACCCCCUCCAGGUGCACUGCCUGAGAUAGACCAGGGAUGGCAGACACCCGUGCUCUCAGCAGACAAAGAAUUCACCAGGGCAACUUGCACUGACUCUGAGCAGAGCCCGAGUCUGGAUCAAGAGGACAGCCGGAGGGACAGUGCCUCCCCAGACACAGGGGAAAGCUUGGGUCCCGGGCCUGAGUCUUUCCAAAAGGCCACUGGCAAGGCACAAUGGGACCAGGACAUAGAGAGACCCUGGGCCACUUCCUCGAUGCGUCCUCAGGAUUCCCCCCCUCAUUUAUGCAGACUUCAGCAAGAAAUGGAUGCAUCCACAUUGGCCACCUCUUUGGAAAGGGAUAUGAGGCAAAACUGCUAUUCAGUUUGUGAUAUGAGGGGACUUGAAAGAUUUUCCUACUCACCCUCUCUAACCAGGCUUUCGACAGAUAUUUUCUGA